AUGUCGCACAUCAUCUUCAAACGUCAGGAAGCCAUGCAUGGACGCGUUAAGAGCGUGGAGCGCGAGAAGGAGCAGCACAAGACGGAUGCGCAGCGCCAGGAGGAGCUCUCCAAGGUGCGCAUGUACCACGAGGUGGCGGGUAAAGUCCUAGACAUGAAGCGUCAGCAGCUCUACGAGCCAAGCGUCCUACCACUGACCAGCCACCUAUUGCUGCUCAACCCCGAGUUCCACGUGGUCUGGAGCUACCGCCGUCAAGCCAUCGACGCGCUAGCUCAAAAAGCCGAGAACCCCGAGGCUGAAAUGCUGACUAUGGCCAAAACGGAGCUCAAACUAACGCUGGACGCACUGCAACGUAACCCCAAGUCGUACUCUGCGUGGUUUCAGCGCCAAUGGAUCAUUGACAGAGGACUGGGCGACCUGAAGAUGGAGAUCGGACUGUGCGACAAGCUGCUGAAUCUAGACGAACGCAAUUUCCAUUGUUGGAACUACCGUCGACAUGUGUGCAAACUGGCUGGCGUUUCUAAAGCCGAGCAGCUGGCCUUCACCACGCAGAAAAUCGAGCAGAAUUUCUCCAACUACUCGGCUCUACACCACCGUAGCAUUACCCUGCCAGAACCGUUAUCUGCCGACGUGCUAUUUGAUGAGAUCGGACUGGUCCAACAAGCGGUAUUCACCGAGCCAGACGACCAGAGUGCCUGGUUCUAUUACCGCUGGUUGCUGACGUCCAUGGUGGAGCUGGUCGAGUCGUCUGCCGAGGACGCAAGUGGGUUCCUGAAGAGCCAAGUCCAGUGGCUAAACGAGUUGUUGGAGAUGGAAUCGGAAGCCAAGUGGGUUGUCGUCACACUUGCCGAUCUGCAGUUUCGUCUGAGUGUUAUUACCGAUGUGAGUGGCUGGGAGGAAGCGAAGAAACGCAGUGUGGGACUCUAUGACCGCGCCAUCGCCCUGGAUCCGGACCACCGCCACUACUAUGAGGACAUGAAGAAGAAACACGUCUGA